UUAAUUACAGCACAUUUUGCAUCUUUCAAGAUGGAAAUUUAUGUUUUUCCGGUAAUAGUGUUCUUGCUUUCUCUUUUUAUGGCUUCUUUCAUGGCGGCUUCAGCUGGUAAUUUCAAUCAAGAAGUUGACCUAACAUGGGGUGAUGAUCGUGCUAAGAUACUCAGUGGAGGAAACGUUCUGUCUCUUACACUUGAUAAGGUCUCCGGCUCUGGCUUUCAAUCCAAGAACGGGUAUCUCUUCGGAAGGAUAGAUAUGCAGAUCAAGCUUGUUGGUGGUAACUCUGCUGGUUCUGUCACUGCUUACUAUUUAUCCUCAGAAAGGCCAUACCAUGAUGAAAUUGAUUUUGAGUUCUUAGGGAACCUUAGCGGAGAACCCUAUACUGUUCACACUAAUGUGUACACUCAAGGGAAAGGGGAUAGGGAACAACAAUUCCACCUUUGGUUUGAUCCAACAAAAGAUUUUCACUUGUAUUCUGUUGUAUGGAACCACCAACGUAUCAUUUUCUUAGUGGAUGACACGCCUAUAAGAGUGUACGAAAAUCAAGAAUCCAUUGGAGUUCCUUUCCCGAAGAACCAACCUAUGAAACUUUACUCCAGCUUAUGGAAUGCUGAUCAAUGGGCGACAAGAGGUGGACUAGUGAAAGCAGAUUGGUCUAAGGCACCUUUCACAGCAUACUACAGGAAUUUCAAAGCCAACGCGUGCAUAUGGUCUUCAGGAUCGUCUUCUUGUUCAUUGAAGACAACUGGCUCCAUCAAAAACAAGGCUUGGCAGACUCAAGGUCUGGAUUCGACUGGUCGUAGAAGCCUUAGAUGGGUGCAAAAAUAUUACAUGAUUUACAAUUAUUGCACGGAUUAUAAGAGAUUUCCUAUGGGUCGCCCGCGUGAGUGCAGGCUUUCUAAGCAUUCUUAGAGAGUUUUGCUGCUUGAAUGCAAUUAUAAGAUACCAUCUGGUAUAAUGUUAAUUGGUUUGGUUUCAUAUGUUUCUUUUAUUUUUGUUGUAUAAAUAUAAUAAAGAAGGCUCUUGGUCCUCGUUGUAGA